UCUGCUUCAACUCCAAUUUCGUUUUUAUUUUUUUUUUACCCAUCAUCAUAUGCAUGAUAUAGGUACAUUAUUUCGUAUGUAACAAGUAAUUAAAAAAGUAAUUACUGAGCUGGUACUGAUAAAUCAUUAGUAGCAGCGAUGGCACCCCGCCGGGACAAUAAGAGAAACCUCAACAACAACAACUACAUCAAAAACUGCUACAGGUAUUUAAAAAGUUGGAUGAAAAGUGAAGAUAAAUACAAAGAUCUUGUAGCACUGGCCACAGAUCCAAAAAAGUUAUUUUUACCUGCACUGCUGUUCAUUAUUUUUGAUGCAAUCAUCAACAUAGUCAUAAUUGAGAAGAGGCCUUACACGGAAAUCGACUGGAAAGCUUACAUGCAAGAAGUGGAGGGUGUUCUGAAUGGAACGUUUGAUUAUUCAAAGCUUAGAGGUGACACUGGACCACUUGUCUAUCCGGCAGGCUUUGUUUAUAUUUUUACUGCCCUCUAUUAUAUUACUUCUCAUGGAGUCAACAUCAAACUUGCACAGUACAUUUUUGCCCUGUUUCACGUUGUACUUCUUGUUCUUGUUUUUAAGAUUUAUCAACGUACAAAGAAGGUGCCUCCGUACAUUUUAAUUUUAGUGUUUUCUACUUCGUACAGGAUACAUUCGAUAUUUGUCUUGAGACUUUUCAAUGAUCCAAUUGCAAUGAUUUUUUUGUAUGCAAGUAUCAUUGCAUUUUUGGAACAAAAAUGGUACACUGGAAGUAUUCUGUACAGUUUGGCUGUGUCUGUCAAAAUGAACAUUUUACUCUUUGCACCAGCACUGCUGAUUGCCUACAUAACUAACUUAGGAUUGUUGAAAACCAUCGCUCAAUUGUUUGUUUGUGCUUUUUUACAACUAUUACUUGGACUACCAUUUUUGUUGAACAAUCCCAUAGCUUACAUCAAAGGUGCAUUUAAUCUAGCUCGGAUAUUCGAAUUUAAAUGGACAGUCAACUGGAGAUUCCUAACAGAAGAACUAUUUGUGAAUUCUUACUUCCAUUUUGGAUUAUUAGCACUGCAUGUGUUGGCAUUAAUCUACUUUGCACCUCAAUGGUUCAAGUAUUUAAAUUCUUACAAAAAGUUAAAAACUGUUCAGAAGGAUAUUUCUUCUCAAUUCGACAAGAAAACCAACGUAGAUAUGUCAACAGCUUCUCAACUGUUUGUCUUACCAUUGUUUAUGGCAAAUUUUAUUGGCUUGACUUUCAGCCGAUCACUACAUUAUCAAUUUUACAUAUGGUAUUAUCAUACAUUACCUUACAUAACAUGGUGCUGUAAUUAUAGAACAGCUACGAAAUUGGUCAUCAUAGGUCUCAUUGAAUUGUGUUGGAACACUUAUCCAAGUACAGUAUUCAGCAGUGCAUGCCUUCAUUUUUGCCACCUUGUUUUAUUGUAUGGAUUAAAUAACCAUCUAUUCAAAACGUUAAAAAGUUCGUAAAUAUUGCGUGAAAAGUGUAUUGUACCUAUUGAAAUACAAUUUUUUCAGACAUUUAAUAAGAGAGUUUACCUGUUAUAAAAUGUUUAUUUGUG